AUGGAGAACACACAAUCAAAGGUGAUGAGGCCUGUGUUAGUGAGGAAAGGAGAAGCAUUACCAGACACUGUUAUGCCCAUGACAGAGACAGAAGUGUUAGAUAUACAGAACAAACGCAUUGAGAAGUUUACGCCCAAAAGUGAAAUGAGAAUAUUCCAAUAUGGCAGCCAUGUAAUGGUGGCCACUACAGCCCUUUCUGCAUUUGUAGUCAACACUAUUUUAAGAAAGAACUUUCGGCUCGGUGGACUGAAGAUGGUGAUGUCAUAUGGAGCAAGUGUAUGCGUUCCCUCAGUUUUAUCAGCAGCAUUGAAUGAACUGUAUGUUAGGCCCAAAGUGUUGCUGGGCAUGGAGUCCUGUCCCACAUGUUUAUCUAUGAAAGCUGCUGUUGUUCAGUCCCUGAUGGGGUUGUGCUACCCGUUUGUAAUUUCUUUUGUGACCUGCCUGACCACAUCUCGGGAGUACUUCACCUUGGACAUAGCAACAAACAGUAAACGAAUGGGCUACUUCCGGCUGAUUCGCCAAGUAUCUCCAUCAUCCAACAUUCUUCUGGCCUUAGGUCUGCUAAAUAUGACUGUUGGGAUGGAAGUUGCCAGACGACAGAUGAAGGCCUAUGUACAACAUUUAAGCAAACCUCCAUCGGAGUAUGGGAAUGUGAUAAAUGAGUGA